CGGAGACGAAAGUCCUUGCUCUUGGCAACACACCCUUGUCCGCGCUGCAUUCGUCUCUCCCAGCAUCCUGACGUCUCAAAAGCCUCGCAGACACCUUCAUGAAAGCACGCAUCGCAAGUUGCUACUCCCGAACAUCGCUCUGCAGGCUGCUGCCAAGUCCACGUGGAGCAGAUCCACCUGCAAGGCCUGGUUCCAUUGCCCUUGGUCUGUUCUUGUUGUCCUUCGUGGCGUGUGUGACCCUACUCGUGCUGUUGGCACGCUACGUUUUGGGUACGGACGUCAUGCACUGCAACACGGCGGCCUGCGGCGAGUUCGCUCGCCUUCUAAAGGCCUCAAUCAAUGGUUCUGUCAAUCCGUGCAACAGCUUCGGCUCCUUCGUCUGCGACGGCUGGCGUCAGCAGAACCAUUACUCGGUUCGCGAAGACCACUACCGCGCCACGCUAGUCCACAUGACCCGCCUCACUGAUUCAGUGGAGAUCCCGCCAGUUGGCCAGAGUGCGCUGCAGCAAGUCACUGCGUUCUACCGCAGCUGCACCCAGCAUCCCGCAUCUAAACGCGACGACACUCAGCUCGUGAAGUCGUGGCUCGUCGACGCUGGCGUCGUGUGGCCCAUGGGGCCGACCAAUCCCAGCGUUCUUGGCACACUCGCGUACCUUGCGCUCAACCUCGGCUGGUCCAGCGUGAUCGACAUCGAGGUCGAGAGACCAGGCCGGCAAAGUGCCAUCAUCUGCCUCAAACCCUCGCUCAGCUUCCUCUUGAUAAACAGCCAUGAUUUGUCAACACCAGAACAGCGCCGGCUAUUUAACACACUUCGAGACGCCUUUCUGCCGAAUGAUAAUACGAUGCGCCCCAGUUUAGUCACGUUCGCCGACAUCGCGUAUGUCGAGGCAGCGAUGGUGACUCACCUCGUCAAUGCAUCAACUCUUCGCCGGAAAGCGUCACUGAGAGUAGGGGAACUGUACCGAAGUCCCAGAGAGUGGAACGCCACCGUCGCCCGUCACACGCAAACUGGCACUGCUGUCUCAUUCCGAAGCACGCACGCUCUCUUCGUCAGGGAAUUCGCUCGUCUAUGGCGAGAACAGGGCGAAAUAAAGAUGCAUCUGCUUGUGUCCUGGUACGCGGUGCGGUUCGCAGCCUACUUUACGCACGCGAAUUUGCUGAAUAGCAUUAGCAACAAUGAGAACGAAAGGAAGUUUCACAGGAACAGUUUCUGCACAGUCACGCUGUACGCGGCUCUGGGUGACAUCGUGUUCGCCUCCUACAACAGUAUCGUGUUCUCUGAUCGCGUGCGUCAAGAUGUGAAGACCUUAGUGCUGUCGGUGCGAGAGACAUUUGCGCACCUCCUGAGCGCGGACUCUAAGUUCGCUGCUAGAGUGUCCGCCUUAGCUGAUUGGAGCUUCGUCAACCGCGUCUUCGCCCUGCUGGACUACGGGCAGGCGGACAGCGAACUCGCUCAUGCACCGCUGCCAGGUCUGCCGGACUUCGGAAGCGUGUUUGCGAUCAACUGGCGCUCGGCCAUACGUGCCUUGCAACAGACCGAGAAACCUCCGAGGCGUUCACUCUUGUUGGAGACGCUUAUUCACGCACACCUCUUCGAGACCAUUCCCGACCUCCGUGACUUCGUGCUUUUGCCCAUGGCGAUCGCUUUCCCGAUGUAUGACGCGACAGCUACGACCGCCAUAAAGUACGGUGCCCUGGGCAGCUACGUGGCACAAGCGUCGGCACGCAUAUUUCUCGCCACACUCGUAGGUCUCGACGCCGAUGCGUCCGAGGAACCCCGCCGGUUUCUGAUCGACUUGCGCGACUGCCUUUGGCAUGACGCAGCUCUGCCGUCUUUGCACGCCACUAUGGGCCUCCUUGAAGAGCUAUUUGCGCUGUCUUCUCUGGUUGAGGCAUUUUCUACAGCCGACAAGGAGGGCGAGCGAACGCUGCGUGAUCUGCCGGCCUUUUCCCCGACGCAAUUGUUCUUCGCUACCUGGUGUUUCGCGCGCUGCCUGGGUGCUGAUUCGGCAGGUGACAACGUGGAUCCAUGUUCUCCUGCGCUGCGCCACGUCAAGGCUUUCUCCGACGCCUUUGAGUGCGCUAAAGGCACCGGCCUCAACCCAGCUCGCCGCUGUGAACUAUUCUGACGUGUUACAAACAUUAGUAUCAUUUGGGAAACGCGUGUCAUGGCCAACUAAUGCUUUGAACAGAUGCCUUGGAUUGCUGUCCUGAAUAUAGAUUACGCUAAAUGGACGACAAUAAACAAAAGGGCCAUGGACGUUUUAUGUUCUAGAAUGAACACUAAAAGGAACAUUUUGAAUGCCAUUGAUAAAGCAUGGUACCGUGACAAAUCGGCAUAGUCUGAACCGCAUGUGAUAGUCUAUACUUGAAUCCACUUUGUGGUGUAUCAGGGUUCAAUGUAGACGGACAGCUUUUCUGCUGUCAUACAUGUUUUUUUUUCGUUCUUUCUUUCUUGUAUUCUGUAAGUGCCCACCUAGCGGACAUGACCAUUUCUUCUGCUGCUGAAGUUCUGAUUGGUUAAUCUGAGGCACCCGUCAGGGGGAAACACGCGCCCCCAGCCAAUCACCACUUGAGCAGCAGACCAAAUGGACAUGUCCACUAGGUGGACACUUACAGAAUACUCCCCCUGGUGUCGUGGACAAAGAAAAUUGUAGAAUCGCAGUGUUCUGUACAGUGUUUUGCGUCAACCCACCAAUGUGCGCUUGCCGGUGUUUAAUCUUGGCUCUGUUUGCCUCUUCUGAAAGCGAAAUAUUAUACCCCUUGUUUGUUUUUCCUGAACA